GAAGGAGUAGAUUGUUGGAUGUUUUUGAGAGUAAAAACAUUGCAGAACUAACAACAAUGGUGCAUUCGAGGGCAAACGAAAUCUGGAUUUACUUCGAUAACAAUAAAGAAGAAGGUGUUGCCACGUGUAAAACCUGUCAACAGCGUUUAAGGAAUAAUCGUAGCUAUAACUUGCGGCAACAUUUACGUAAAUUGCACAACAUUGAUUUGGAACCAAGGCCAGAAGAAUUACCCCAUUGUUCGCCCCAGCCGUAUGAUGAAUCGCAAAUAAAAGAUUUGCUAAAGGUAGCGAAGCGUAGAAUGCUCGAAGAUCAAGAAAUGGCCGCGAAAAGAGCUCGCAGAUGUCUGCCGAUUGAAUUGGAGAAAUCAACUAUGAUCAACGCUGUGAUGGGUUUAGUUGUUCACGACGGUUUGCCACUAAAAAUUUUUGAUUCUAAAUACAUGAAGGCAUUGCUAAAUCCCAUAUGCGAAUCAAUUUCUGAUCUUGGGGGCAAAGAAUUUCAUAUUACGAAAAUUAGAUGUCAUCACGCUGUCGAUUUAGUGGCUGAUUAUAUAAGGAAAUGCUUUGCUAGCGAUUUAACUUGGAGAUUGUUAUCAUUAAAAUUUGAGAGUUUUUUAGAAUCGAAACCAGGUAUACGACGCGUUUUUGCUCAAUAUGUUCACAAGGGUCAAGUGGCAGCGCACAUUCUAGGGAUUAUCGAUUUCAACAUCAAUAGCUCAGAGAAAAUCGAGAAGAAGCUGAAAGAAUUGCUGGACAAAUUUCAUAUCGAUAUGAAGCAAGUUAUCGCAGCUUGUGAUUACAGUAGACCAAGUUGGCAUGGAAGCGAAAUGAGCAAUGCCGAGUAUAUGGAUUAUAUUGAUAAGUUUGAAGAGUAUAACGAAAUUGCAAUCAAAGACAUCAAAAUCUCCCGCCCCUUAGGUCAUAUAGCGCAACUGUGUGCCUUUGAUGUAAUAAAAAAUGAAGAUGUUUACAGUUAUAUUCUGGAAUGCCGAAAUUUGGCUCGAUUUCUUAGUAAUCCGAGUAAUGGCUAUUACGAACUUCUCGAAAGCAAAGAGCUGCGAAUACCGAAAGUCGAUUCACCCUGUGUUUGGGGCUCAACGUACGUUAUGAUGGAAGCUUUAAAAGCCACUGCCGUUGUACUAAGAAAUAUUAAAUUCGAACCACUCGAACAAGAAGAAGACAAAUUUAAUCUUAACGAAGAUCUAUGGAGUUUCAUUGAAUCGUAUUGUAUAGCAAUGGGUUCCCUUCAAAAGGCGAUUAUCAAGUUCAGUCAAGAGGAGGUGCAUUAUGGCGACUUUUAUGCUCAAUGGCUUAAAACUAAGCUGAUGACAGAAAAAUUGCACGAGAUACAUAGAAAUAAGAAGAAAUUUUGCUUAAAGUUGAUCACUCUCUUACUGCAAAGUUUCGAAGAUCGAAGCAAAGAGAUACUUCGCCAUAAACAUUUGUACGCAUGUUUAUUUUUAGAUCCACGUUUUCAGCAUACUUUGACUUUGCAAGAAAAACUUGAGGCCAUCUCGUAUCUGAAGCAGCUGUGGAAUCGUGCCAAAGUUUUUCAAUCUAACGCAAUUGAAGAGAAGCGCAUUCCAAUUGGUAGCGAUAAUGCCAACAAUCGGGUAGGGCAACCUACAGAGCUUUUGGACGACGAAGAUGCUUUCUUGAAUGAGUUUCUUAGCCAAGAUAUACCGAUCCGAGAUAGAACGGUAGACGAUGUGCAUGUGAAAAUUGAAAAAUUUAAAUUACCCUUUCAACUGGUCGACACUAAUGUGCUGCAGUUUUGGCAAGAGCAAAAUUUCAGCGAACCCGAACUCUAUAUAUUGAGCUCUGUUUGCUUUGCUAUGCCAAUUACACCGAUACCGCAAAAGAUCAAAACACUAUGUUCUCUGUUAAAAUCACUCACGAAUGAUAACAGUGGUGACCCAAGUGGUAGAACAUUGGAAAAUUUAACAUUUAUACGUUUAAAUAUGCAUUUGUUGAGUAAAACUAUAGCUGCUUUGCCUUUAUUUGAGCAACGACCCCUAAUAAUUGAAAAUUUCAACAAGCAUCGUAAACUUGACACCAAAAACUGCCAUUUGUAA